CACCCCAAAUUCUGCGUUCUUAGUCUCUUGUUACAAACCUGACUGGUACGGGGGUCUGGAGGUUGACCCAAUUGUCAGCAAUGGAUGCACAAAGCCAGAGCUCCCUGAGUGCAUGCGUUCCUUUCCCAACGAUGAGUAUGAUUAAAUCCCCCCAAUAUAUUGUUCAAUGUCCAGUGCUGGUUUCAGAUUCGACCAAAAGGACCUUACUGUUGAGGAUUGUAAGGUCAAAUGCUUGUUAAAUUGUUCUUGUUUUGCUUAUGCUGCCAUAAGUUAUGCCAAUCAAACUGGUUGUGAAAUUUGGAUAUCGAGAGCGAUUUUCAAAAGAACACUUAAUCGGCUCGGAAUAUACAUCCUCCCUUCCAAAGGAUUGUGGUGCUCAAAAUUGCCAACAAGUGGUAUUAGAGCUAUUGGUAGAGCUCCUGGAUAUUGUGGGGAAAUGCAAAUUGACACUAUGAAGUAUUCAAUUGAGUUGUUCGAUGGGGAGAAUGACUUUGCUCUAUGGAAAAGCACUAUGAAGGAUGUCCUUACUUGUCAAGGACUUGAUGUAACUUUAGAAGAGACCAAGAGACCAAGCUUGUUGAGGCGAAGGAUAGCGAUUGGAAUGGAGCUAUAUCAAGUGAAGAUGGCAGAAGGCAUAAAUAAUCACAAGCACUUAUCUGAUUUCAACAUGAUGGUGACACAAGUAGUGAAUGCCAGGGAUAUUUUUGAAGAAGAGGAGAAAGCUUUGCUUUUACUUGCAUCCAUACCUAAGUCUUACAAGUCUCUAGUGCAGAGUAUACUAGCGGGUAAGACUACUUUGGUGAUGAAAGAUGUCACAACUAUGUUGUUGGAGAAUGAUAAGUUUCCUGGGGAGGAUGAUGGUGCCAUUCAAAAUAAUGCUUUGGUGAUGGAGAGAUCUCGAGGGAGAUCCAAUGGGCAUGGAGGUAGAGGAAAUCAAGAAAGGUCAAAAUCUAGACCUAAGAAGGAUUAUGGUGAAGUGGAGUGUUUUUAUUGUGGUGAGUUGGGUUACAAACAAUAUAAAUGCAUGAAGUUUAAGGAGAACUUUUCUAAUAUGAAAAUAUUGAUGAAAAGUCAAGAAACCAAGGGCGAGGGGGAGGCUAAUAUUGUUGAAGAAAAUGUGGUUGAAUUAUUAGUUUGUAAAGACUGUGAUCUUGAGGGGGAGCUUGAUAAAAUAAUAGUGGCUAUCGGUGAUAAAGUGAAUACUGAAGGCAUAAGAGAUGUUCAUCUCAAUGUUCGCAAUGGGAGAGCCAAGAUUCUCAAGAAUCGAGAAUGGAGCAAAGUCUACAAUGGUGGAAGACUUGUCUUGCAUGGGAGGAAGAACAGGCACAACAUCUAUGUGCUUGAGCAACAUCUCAAGAGAGGGCUUAACAAGACCAUAAGGAAGAUGGUGUGAAGGACUAAAGGGAUCUUGGUAGAUGGCAAGGAAAUUAAUAAGACCAAGAAAAAGGUGAGCUUCAACAAUGAAGUGGUGUUUGAUAA